AUGCCGUUCAUUAUAAGGGGAAGACCCCUGAGGGGGGCACAGUAUGCCAGCAAUAGAAGGACCACUCCCUCCACUGAUGCCUCUGCGCUCUGGUCAGAAAGCCACACCCAUCUGCACCAGCUCCAUCCACCAGAACCCCUGCAGGCCCCUGCCAGCACAGGCAAGCCCGUCGGCUCCUCUUAUGGCCUCCUUGGGGCCAAUAGUGGCAUCCAGGGUCCCGGUGGCACUGGCUCUGCCGUCAGUCCGGUCCUCGCUUGGCAUGCCGCCAUUAGCGCAGCUCGCCAAGCACAGGGCGAUGCUGAAAAGCCUGACAUGAGUUCACGGCCCUCAGUUUGCACCACCGGACCAGCUCCUGCGGGCUCACUGGCGCAGAGGAAGAGGCAGCAGUAUGCCAAAAGCAAAAAACAGGGAGGGUCUACCAACAGCAGGCCACCCAGAGCUCUGUUCUGCCUCACCCUGAACAACCCGAUCCGUAGGGCCUGCAUCAGCCUGGUGGAGUGGAAACCGUUUGAUAUCUUUAUACUUCUGUCUAUUUUUGCCAACUGUGUGGCCUUAGCCAUCUACAUCCCCUUCCCUGGAGACGACUCCAAUUCUACCAACCAAGAACUGGAAACAGUAGAAUAUGCCUUCCUGAUCAUUUUCACUAUAGAGACAUUUCUGAAGAUAAUUGCCUACGGCCUGGUCAUGCACCAAAACUCCUACGUCAGAAACGGCUGGAACAUGCUGGAUUUUGUCAUCGUCAUUGUGGGGUUGUUCAGUGUGGUUCUGGAGAUGAUAACCAAAGACGCUGACUCUGGCGGCCAGUCUGGAGGCAAACCUGGGGGGUUUGACGUCAAGGCCCUUCGAGCCUUUCGCGUACUACGACCCCUUCGCCUUGUUUCUGGAGUUCCCAGUUUACAAGUGGUUUUAAACUCCAUUAUUAAAGCCAUGGUUCCCCUGCUUCACAUCGCUUUGCUCGUCCUCUUCGUCAUCAUCAUCUAUGCCAUCAUCGGCCUGGAACUCUUCAUUGGCAAAAUGCAUGCCACAUGUUAUGUGAUACAAACAGGUGCCCUUGCUGAAGAAGAGCCCACGCCAUGUGCGGUAUCAGGGCACGGCCGCCACUGCCUGCUCAAUGGUACAGUUUGCAGAGAGGGCUGGCAAGGCCCCAACAAUGGCAUCACCAACUUCGACAAUUUUCUGUUUGCCAUGCUCACUGUGUUCCAGUGCAUCACCAUGGAGGGCUGGACUGAUGUUCUCUACUGGAUGAAUGAUGCGAUGGGCUUUGAGCUGCCUUGGAUUUACUUCGUCAGUCUGGUCAUCUUUGGAUCCUUCUUUGUGCUCAACUUGGUCUUGGGUGUGUUGAGCGGAGAGUUUUCCAAAGAGCGAGAGAAGGCCAAAGCUCGGGGAGACUUCCAGAAGCUACGUGAGAAGCAGCAGUUAGAGGAAGACCUAAAGGGCUACCUGGACUGGAUCACCCAGGCCGAGGACAUCGACCCCGAGAACGAGGAGGAGGGAGAUGAGGAGGGCAAGCGUAACCGGGUCACGCUGGCUGACCUCACUGAGAAGAAGAAAGGAAAGUUUGGCUGGUUCACUCAGUCCACAGAGACACAGGCGAGCAUGCCCACCAGUGAGACAGAGUCUGUGAACACAGAGAAUCACAAUGGAGAGGAAGACAAAUCACCUUGCUGUGGACCGCUGUGUCGUCAGUGGCGGCGGUGGAACCGCUUUUGCCGCAGGAAGUGUCGUGCAGCUGUGAAAUCGGUGACGUUUUAUUGGCUGGUCAUCAUCUUGGUGUUCCUCAACACUCUCACCAUCGCCUCUGAGCACUACAACCAGCCAGACUGGCUGACUGAAGUACAGGAUGUAGCCAACAAAGUUCUGCUGGCGAUGUUCACCCUGGAGAUGCUGGUGAAGAUGUACAGUUUGGGGCUGCAGGCCUACUUUGUGUCCCUGUUUAACCGCUUCGAUUGUUUUGUGGUGUGUGGAGGCAUCAUAGAGACCAUCCUGGUGGAGCUGGCCAUCAUGUCUCCUUUGGGCAUCUCUGUUUUCCGCUGCGUACGCCUCCUCAGGAUCUUCAAAGUUACACGUCACUGGGCAUCUCUCAGUAACCUGGUGGCCUCUCUGCUCAACUCCAUGAAGUCCAUCGCCUCCCUGUUGCUGCUGCUCUUCCUCUUCAUAAUUAUUUUCUCGCUGCUUGGCAUGCAGCUCUUUGGGGGCAAGUUCAACUUCGAUGAGACUGUGACCAAGAGGAGCACGUUUGAUAACUUCCCCCAGGCCCUGCUCACUGUGUUCCAGAUCUUGACAGGAGAAGACUGGAAUACAGUGAUGUAUGAUGGUAUCAUGGCGUACGGUGGUCCGGCUUCCUCUGGAAUGGUGGUCUGCAUUUACUUCAUCAUCCUCUUCAUCUGUGGAAAUUAUAUCCUGCUAAAUGUCUUCUUGGCCAUCGCUGUUGACAACCUGGCAGACGCAGAAAGCCUCAACACAGCACAGAAGGAGGAAGAGGAGGCCAAGAAGAGGAAGAACAGUGCCAAGGAGACAAGCACAGAUAAGAAGAGGGUUGAAAUAACAGACGCCAAGGAUGAUGAGACCAAGGUGCCAGUAGAGGUCAUGCUAGAGGAAGACAAAGAAUUGUAUCCGGCCAUCAACUCUCCAGGGUGUGAUGAUGAUGAUAAUGACGACCUCCCAGACGUCCCCUCUGGUCCUCGCCCUCAGAGGCUGUCUGAACUCACCAUCAAAGAAAAGAUUCCGCCCAUCCCGGAGGGCAGCGCCUUCUUUAUCUUCAGCAGCACUAACCCGAUUCGUGUGUUCUGCCACAAACUGAUCAACCAUCAGAUCUUUACCAACCUCAUCCUGGUCUUCAUCAUGCUCAGCUCCGUCUCUCUGGCUGCUGAGGACCCCAUACGCAACUCUGCUCGCAAUAUUAUACUUGGUUAUUUUGACUAUGCUUUCACCGCAAUCUUUACUGUUGAGAUCCUGUUGAAGAUCCUAGGCUAUGCAGACUAUGUCUUCACUAGUAUGUUUACAUUUGAGAUCCUUAUUAAGAUGACAGCAUUUGGAGCAUUCCUACAUAAAGGGGCGUUCUGUAGAAACUACUUCAACCUCUUAGACCUGCUGGUCGUUGGUGUGUCUCUUGUGUCCUUCGGCAUUCAGUCCUCUGCUAUCUCUGUGGUGAAGAUUCUCCGUGUUUUGAGAGUCCUCCGUCCCCUCAGGGCCAUCAACAGAGCCAAGGGACUCAAGCACGUGGUCCAGUGUGUGUUUGUGGCCAUCAGGACCAUUGGCAACAUCAUGAUCGUCACCACCCUGCUGCAGUUCAUGUUCGCGUGUAUUGGUGUUCAGCUUUUCAAGGGGAAAUUUUAUCGAUGCACAGAUGACGCAAAGUCCAGCCCGGAGGAGUGCCAGGGUACGUACAUUCUCUACAACAACGGGGACACGGCGCUGCCCAUGGUCAGAGAGAGGAUCUGGUACAACAGUGACUUCAACUUUGACAACGUCCUCAUGGCCAUGAUGGCUCUCUUUACAGUCUCCACAUUUGAAGGAUGGCCCACCCUGUUGUAUAAGGCCAUCGACUCCAACAGAGAGAACAUGGGUCCCAUCUACAACUACCGCAUCGAGAUCUCCAUCUUCUUCAUCAUCUACAUCAUCAUCAUCGCCUUCUUUAUGAUGAACAUCUUUGUCGGUUUCGUUAUUGUCACCUUCCAGGAGCAGGGUGAGAAGGAGUACAAGAACUGCGAGCUGGACAAGAACCAGCGUCAGUGUGUGGAAUAUGCUCUUAAAGCUCGUCCUCUGCGGCGAUACAUCCCCAAAAACCCCUACCAGUACAAGUUCUGGUAUGUGGUCAACUCCACUGGUUUUGAGUACGUCAUGUUUGUCCUAAUCAUCCUCAACACCUUGUGUCUGGCCAUACAGCACCAUGGUCAGUCUCAUCUGUUUAACUAUGCCAUGGACAUCCUCAACAUGGUUUUCACCGGGGUUUUCACUGUGGAGAUGAUCCUGAAGCUCAUCGCCUUCAAACCCAGAGGCUAUGUCGGGGACGCCUGGAACGUCUUCGAUGCUCUGGUGGUGAUUGGCAGUGUAGUCGACAUCAUACUCAGCCAGAACUAUUUUGCUGAUGCAUGGAACACGUUUGAUGCCUUAAUUGUUGUGGGUAGCGUGGUUGACAUUGCCAUCACUGAGAUCAAUUCGGCAGCCAUUCCUGUCGUCAAGGUGAUAGUGGAGCCAGGGAAUACGGAGGACAGCGCUCGCAUCUCCAUCACCUUCUUCCGCCUGUUCAGGGUGAUGCGAUUAGUUAAACUGCUGAGCAGGGGGGAGGGCAUCAGGACUCUGCUGUGGACCUUCAUCAAGUCCUUCCAGGCUCUUCCCUAUGUUGCGCUCCUGAUUGCCAUGCUGUUCUUCAUAUAUGCUGUAAUUGGAAUGCAGGUGUUUGGGAAAAUAGCCAUGGUGGAUGGAACACAAAUCAACCGCAACAACAAUUUUCAAACUUUUCCUCAAGCUGUCCUGAUGCUCUUCAGGUGUGCUACAGGUGAGGCCUGGCAGGAGAUCAUGCUGGCCUGUCUGCCGGGGAAACUGUGUGAUUCAGAGUCAGACUACAACCCCGGAGAGGAGAAAACCUGCGGCAGCGGUUUCGCCAUUAUUUACUUCAUCAGUUUCUACAUGCUCUGUGCUUUUCUGAUCAUCAACUUAUUUGUAGCUGUCAUCAUGGAUAACUUUGACUAUCUGACCCGUGAUUGGUCCAUUCUGGGGCCGCAUCACCUGGAUGAGUUUAAAAGGAUCUGGUCUGAAUAUGACCCGGAAGCCAAGGGCAGGAUAAAGCAUCUUGAUGUGGUGACUCUGCUGAGGAGGAUCCAGCCUCCUCUGGGCUUCGGCAAGCUCUGCCCUCACAGGGUGGCCUGUAAGCGUCUGGUGGCGAUGAACAUGCCCCUGAACAGCGAUGGGACUGUCAUGUUUAAUGCCACUCUGUUUGCACUGGUCCGCACUGCUCUCAAGAUAAAGACUGAGGGUAACCUGGAGCAAGCCAAUGAGGAGCUUAGGGCUGUGAUCAAGAAGAUCUGGAAGAGGACCAGCAUGAAGCUGCUGGACCAAGUGGUGCCCCCUGCAGGCGAUGACGAGGUAACAGUGGGGAAGUUCUAUGCCACCUUCCUGAUACAGGACUACUUCAGGAAGUUCAAGAGGCGCAAAGAGCAAGGUCUUGUGGGAAGGCGCUCAUGGGAGAGGCUGAACACCACCAUGGCUCUACAAGCCGGUCUGCGCACGCUGCAUGAUAUUGGACCAGAGAUCUGUCGAGCCAUAUCAUGUGACCUGCAGGAGGAGGGGCUAGUAGAUGCUAAUGGAGAGGAAGAAGAGGAAAUCUACAGGCGUAAUGGUGGUUUGUUUGGUAACCACAUCAACCAUGUCAGUGGCGAUCAGCCAGGCUCCUCCCACCCGACCACCGCCACCCAACGCCCGCUACAGAUCCUGCCCCUCUCCGGCAGCUCCUCCACCGAACCCACCCAAACUGGCAGGAGAGGUAGCAUCAAAGACAGGGAAGGAGAGACAGAGAUGAACUCUUCACCCAUCCAGUAUAAUCAUCAUUAUCACCCCCCUCAUCUGCAUAACUACCCUCACUGUAAUUCCACUUGCCACCAAUCACCAAUACCCUCCAAUGCCAACCUCAACAAUGCCAACGUGCCCUCGCUACUCUCCAUGACCAGUGGGAGGCAGGAGAAGUGUUUAAGACGAGACCGUCCGUCCUCCACCAAACACGAAUCAUCAGCGUCCACUUACAGCAAAGGGGUGCACGACAAGCCUUGGAGGUCACACUCCACAAGAACACGCUACUAUGAGGCCUACAUUAGGUCAGAAAGCAGUGGCGGACUUUACCCCACCAUUCGUCGAGAGGAGCCGGGCGGCGGGGACAGCGAUGAUGACCGAGGCUCGGGAGAGUACUACAGCGGAGAGGAGUUUCAUGAAGAUGACAUUAUGCUCACAAGGGACAGGUUGUCCAACAAGGACCGUGAUGCAGAAGGAGACUUUGACCUUGAGGUUUCCAGGGGUAACCACCAGCCUGAUAGUUACUAUGACGAUGAUCAACAGCUGAUCUACCAAGACAGUAGACGGUCGCCAAGGAAAUGGUUUUUACCCUCACCUCAAGCCUCCAACAGACCAACAUUUAGUUUUGAGUGUCUUCGCCGAAGAAGUAGUCAGGAUGAUGCUCCUCCCUCUCCUUCCUGCACAGCUCUUCCACUACACCUGGUGCAGCAACAGGUGAUGGCGGUGGCGGGUCUUGAUGCCAGCAAAAUUCAUCAUCUGUCUCCGACAAGGUCACUGCGCUCAUGGGCCACGCCUCCUGCUUCACCCAUCAGCCUCGACUGCUCGCCCGGCUACACACCGCUCAUACAGGUGGACUGGCGCAGUCCUGGCAGCGUGGGCAGCAUCCCCAGGGCAGUGAAGAGGAGUUCGUGGUAUACAGACGGUCAGGACGGCCCUCCCAGCCGCAGCCACUCUCCGUCACGUCUGCAGUUGCCUCCAGAGAGCUGCACUCACUUUCUGCAGAAGAGAGGCAGCGCCAACAGUCUGGUGGAGGCUGUGUUGAUCUCUGAGGGUCUUGGGAAAUACGCCAGAGAUCCCAAGUUUGUGUCAGCGACCAAACACGAGAUUGCAGAUGCCUGCGAGAUGACUAUUGACGAGAUGGAGAGCGCUGCCAGUAAUCUCCUGAAUGGGAGUAUGGGUAAUGCCAACAAUGGGGGACCAGGGAGCGUGAGCUCGGACCCACACGCCUCCACGCAUCUUAGAGACCGCAGUAUCCGGGACUACAGCGACGAGGAGCCGUAUGUGGCGGUGAAAUGCGAGGAGGACUUAACAGAUGAGAUGAUAUGCAUCACGUCGCUAUAGCAGCGACUCACACGGGAUUAUUUAGGUUUUUUCUAUUGAAUUUCUACUACUGUUCCACAUUGAGGGGAUGUUUCUGUUCAAGUGCGUCCUGCAAUAGACAGAAAAUGUAAAACAUGGAUGGAUAAGAGAACAAAGUGCCUUGUUUUCUCUUUUUGUGGAGCAGAAAAUGGAAAUGCCAGAGAGACGAGAGAACUGAUUGAAUUUGUGGGAAAACCUGAGGUGAAUUCAGCGAAUAUUGAAACCACAGGGAAGCCCACUCGUUAUUUAGCAGGAAUUCAUGGUAAGCUGUAUUUUUUAUUAUUAUUUUAAUUAAUUACCAUUGAUUGGAUACAGCUGAAUAACCUGGCAGCCUCGCAAAGCCAACCCAAAGCUUGUGAAGUUGGUCUUCUCAGCAACAUCCAGUGAGGAGAACCACAGCUAAAGUUAAAGUUUAUUACUCUGUUGAUCCCUCAAACUGGGGAAAUUAGUUAUUCUCUGCAUAUUACCCACACCAAGUGAACAAAACACACACACAGGCAUGCACAUGCAUGAGUCCCACGCUGUUUACUCAAUAUGUAUUUACAGACUUACACUGUGUGAAAGGGUUCUUGCAGUAGAUUUGUUCAGAAACAGAUUUUGAUUUUUGAAUUGAAUUGAAUUUUUUUUUUCCAAAAACAUUCACCCUGUUCUCCAGUUUGAAUGUCAGAAAAAAAACAUGGGUGACAGGCCAGUGAUCCUUUGCUGUGAAGGAGGGAGGUUGGGGUUUCUGUUGAUGUCUUAAAAAGUAAUUGAAAAUGCGUGAGCUGGCUUUGCAAAGCUGCAUUUCUCCAGCUCCAAAAUGUCUUUGGCUGUCCAAUGAAUCUAAGAUGCCCUGCAUCCAACUGAGUUUCAUUUCAUGUAAAUAUUAUAUGUGAUUUUAACCUUUCAUUGCUCAUAGUAACGGAAGCAGUUGCUGCUCGUUCUUCACAUUCCAGUUUGGCCUCCACGACUCAGAUAACACAGACACACACACACACACACGUCAUUAAAACAUAUAUGUAAUAUUCUUUGUCAGUUCAUUUUAAUUCAUCUCAGUGCAGAGUCGGGCUGAUCCAAAGCCAGUCCAGACUUUAAAUCUGGGAGCUGCUCUGGAUUCACAGUUCAGGGCUUCAGGGUUAAAUGUUGCUCUUCUCUGUUUUUGACUUGAAAAGGAAAAUCACAUAUCAAUGAAAAAAGACUUUGUCCUCAGGCAUAUCCUUCUGUUUUAAAUGCAUGCUGAUACAACACACAGAGAAACAUACUGUAGGUCCCUCCCCCAUUUACACCAACAAAAUGUUUAUUAAAUCAACAAUUUAGACAUUUUUACUGUUUUAAUUCCUUCGACCACCAGUAAAACAAAAGACUGAAGAUGUUGCCACAAUGUCACAGACUUAUUUCCAUAGUCAUAACUAACUUUUAUCAAAGCCCCCUGAAACCUGUGAGGAGAGACUGUUACAAACUCUCUCAGAAUAUGCAAUGAUUCACUUUACUGAAAAUUAUGACAAUUGUAAAAUUGGAAAUUUGGAAAAGUGCCAGCCCUGUGACACAUACAGUGUAACGCUGUGUGUUGUGAGACUUAUGAGUACGUUAUGUAAAACUCCAACAUGAAACUCUGACUAACAAUAUGCUUGUAUAAGAAAAAAAGGCAGGUCCAUAGGUUCCUUCCUCAUAGCAGAGCAUUAACAUCUCUGACGUCAGUCUGAGGUCUGGCUUGUUCACUUCAUGAUGAGUCAGCUGAUGUAAACAGAUCAGAACCUGAAACGCCACAACAGUAAGGGAGACUACAUUUUCUGAAUUUCCCAACUAUAUUAAUUCGGUAGAUUGUUGUUGGGUGUAUUUAGUUUAUUCUUGGAGUGAAAUGAUCGAUGUUAGCUGUCGCCUUUUAUUUGUGGAAUUUUUUUGUUGCUCCAACUCCAGUUUGAGUGCACGUGAUGUCCAAAAACAGCUGCUUGUCUAAAGAGAGAACGACACAGCCUGCUCGUAGGUUCUGCUCAUUAGCUCCACCACAAACCAGAGUCUGUCUACCACUGCCAACUGUAACAAUGUAUUCAGGUCAACUUUUUAAAAAGCAGCACUGGGUCGUGGCAGGGCAAUCAUGUUUAUCUCCCUCAGUCUAAAUACUGUUGUCAGGGCAACAAGUUCAAUCUGUGCAAUCAAAGGGCUCCUUCAGAAACAAAAACCAAAUCAAGAGAUCGUUGAGUGCAUUUACGUGCACAUUAAGAUUCAGAUAUUAUUCCAGAUACUUAGAAUUCUUUGUCCAUUUUUGGAGUUGUUUCUGAGGCAUUUCGUAUGUAUGGUGGUGCCAGAGGAAAAGAGGGUUUGCUGUUGGGUGUUUCGAUGACACACUUAGAAACUGUACAGAUGAAUCUAAUGUGAAACAGGAUGUGAGUUGCUAUCUGGAAUACUCUUCGCAUGUACUGUAAAUGCACUCCUCUCUUCUCUCCAGAAGAUUCAUAUAUAUAUAUAUGAAUAUA